AUGACUCAUACUCAUCGUCAAAUACAAAGAAGAGGUCGUCAAGAGAGUCACAAAGAAGUUUCGACUUUACGAGAACAGUUGAUAACUUCCUUAGAACAAACAGGAACUUUCUUUGUUGAAUUUGAUCGAACACGUAAUUUACUAAUGAAACUUUCAACUUUUUUGACCCAAACUGAAAAUAGGUUCCAAGAUCUCCAAGAAGCUUAUGAUACUUUAAAUCAAGAUUUUCUUCAAGUUCAGCAAGAAAGGGAUUUACUCCAAACAAAUUCUCAAGCAUGA